AUGGUGGCAUCGCAGGAGGCGAGGCGUCAUAAGGCGUUGGCGAGGUCAUUCAGCUCGAUCCCCAGCGCCACCGCCGGCAGUGAGAGCGAAGGGCCGGACGGGCAGGCACCGCCGGGCGUAGCGGAGCCCCGCCGCUGCACGCCGGCGCCCGCCCCCGCCCCCGCCCCGGACCCCGACCCGUCCAGCAUGGUCAUGGGCGGGCUGACGCUGCCUCACCCGCCACGGUCGCCGCCCCUCGACGCCUCACAGCCUCACAACGGCGCGCUGCGUCAGUCCCCGCGGGGCCGCGCCGCGCGGGGGCCGCCGCUCAUCCAGCGGGCGGUGGGCACUCUCCGGGAUGGCGGGACGGGGCGGGGCAGGGCGGGGCGGGGCAAUGGUCGGGGCGUGCGGCAGCAAAGGUGUCGUGACGGCGGCAACAGCUGCGGCGAGGGCGGCAGACGCAGGCCUCUUAAGGGUUACCCCCCGGGGGCCUGUUUGCACUUGUCAUCAGGACCGCCGCCCCCCAGGCCCUCCCAAGCACACCUGCCCCCCACCUACCCACCCCACCCCACCCUCGCCAAGGUGAGAGGCCAGGCGUGCCAAAAGGGUGACGGAGGGCCAGAGGAGAGGCACUCGUGA